AUGGCUCUUAGACCAAUUGGCUGGAUAUGUGGGGAGAUUGUCAGGAAAUUUGCUGGACAAGCUGGGGUUAUACAGAGAGCCGUCUUGGAAAUUAUAGAUGAGAUUAGAGACGAAUUUCCAAAUCUAUUGAGGCUGACACGUUCAAACCAGGAAACAGAUCGCAGAGUGCAGAAAUCUGAAUCAGUUAUCACCAGGGCAUUCUAUUCAGCUCAUGGAGCUAUCAUUAUGAAUGGGCUAACUACACUAUCACGGUCUUCAAACUCCAUUGCAAAAGUUUUACAGCCGCAGCUUGCUAAAAAAUUAACAGAGCUAAAUAUCUUAUCACAACGCCUUUUGAGAACAUCAAAUACUCCCAAACAGCCAUUGUAUAGGAUGCAAGACAAGAAAGUCUUCUUUUAUGAUAUCAUUUCCUACCCAGCAAAAGCUGCCCUUACCAGCAUAAUGUGUGCUUCUUAUGCAGCACUAAUUUUUCUGGCAGUCUCCAUUAACAAAUUGCUGGCAAAAAUAAAAGGCAUCAGUCAAACAGAAGACACUUCUAGGGAAAGCAGCAGUGAAGAUGCGGAUGAAAAUGGAUUUCCCAGAGCUAUUGAAGCAACUUCCCCCCUUCAACAAGAAUCUUCAAUGUUUCCUGUUAAAACAUCACAAAAUAGUGGAAGCAUCCAUACUCUACUUGCAGCAAUGGAUCAAGAAAGUGAACAAUAA